GGAGAUGGAGAAGGAGGUGGAGGUGGAGAUGGCGAUGGAGGAGGAGGGGACGGGGACCUAAUUGGAGGUGGUGGAGAUGGUGAUGGAGGAGGCGGGGACCUAACUGGAGGUGGUGGAGAUAGAGAAGGUGGUGGAGGUGGAGAUGGAGAUGGAGGAGGCGGGGACCUAACUGGAGGUGGUGGAGAUAGAGAAGGUGGUGGAGGUGGAGAUGGAGAUGGAGGAGGCGGGGACCUAACUGGAGGUGGUGGAGAUAGAGAAGGUGGUGGAGGUGGAGAUGGAGAUGGAGGAGGCGGGGACCUAACUGGAGGUGGUGGAGAUAGAGAAGGUGGUGGAGGUGGAGAUGGAGAUGGAGGAGGCGGGGACCUAACUGGAGGUGGUGGAGAUAGAGAAGGUGGUGGAGGUGGAGAUGGAGAUGGAGGAGGCGGGGACCUAACUGGAGGUGGUGGAGAUGGAGAAGGUGGUGGAGGUGGAGAUGGUGAUGAAGGAGGUGGGGAGUUUAUUAGAGGUGGUGGAGGAGUACAAUUAGGUGGUGGAGGUGGAGUUCGAAUCCAGGGAAAUGGUAUUGGAAAAGGGAAUAAAGAUGGUGGGAGAGGAUGUUUAUUAUUGCAAGGCAGUGGUGGAGGUGGGGAUGGUGAUGGAAGAGGUGGAGGGGAUGGAGAAAGUAGUGGAGGUGGAGACUUAACUAGAGGUGGUGGUGGAGGAGAUGGUGAUGAAGGAGGUGGUGGAGGUGGAGAUGGCGAUGGGGGAGGUGGGCAAUUAACUGGAGAUGGUGGAGAUGGAGAAGGUGGUGGAGGUGGAGAUGGCGAUGGGGGAAGUGGGCAAUUAACUGGAGGUGGUGGAGAUGGAGAUGGUCCUGUGGUAGGUGCAAUCAAUGGUGGUGAUGGCAACGGAGAUAGAGAUGGAGAUGGUCCAUCGGUAGGUGCAAUCAAUGGUGGGGAUGGCAAUGGGGAUGGAGAUGGUCCACCGGUAGGUGCAAUCAAUGGUGGGGAUGGCAAAGGAGAUAAAGAUGGUCCAUCAGUAGGUUCAAUCAAUGGUGGUGAUGGGAACAGAGAUGGAGAUGGAGAUGGUCCUUUGGUAGGUGAAAUCAAUGGUGGGGAUGGCAAAGGAGAUAAAGAUGGUCCAUCAGUAGGUUCAAUCAAUGGUGGGGAUGGCAAUGGGGAUGGAGAUGGUCCACCGGUAGGUGCAAUCAAUGGUGGGGAUGGCAAAGGAGAUAAAGAUGGUCCAUCAGUAGGUUCAAUCAAUGGUGGUGAUGGCAAUGGAGAUGGAGAUGGUCCAUCGGUAGGUGAAAUCAAUGGUGGUGAUGGCAACGGAGAUGGAGAUGGUGAUGGUCCAUCGGUAGGUGCAAUCAAUGGUGGUGAUGGCAACGGAGAUAGAGAUGGAGAUGGUCCAUCGGUAGGUGCAAUCAAUGGUGGUGAUGGCAACGGAGAUGGAGAUGGUCCAUCGGUAGGUGCAAUCAAUGGUGGUGAUGGGAACAGAGAUGGAGAUGGAGAUGGUCCAUCGAUAGGUUCAAUCAAUGGUGGUGAUGGAAACAGAGAUGGAGAUGGAGAUGGUCCAUCGGUAGGUGCAAUCAAUGGUGGUGAUGGCAACAGAGAUGGAGAUGGAGAUGGUUCAUCGACAAGUGUAGUCAAUGGGGGUGUUGGCAAUGGAGAUGGAGAUGGAGAUGGGGAUGGAAGUGGUGGUGGAGGAGGAGGAGGAGAAUGGAUUGGUGUGGGUGGUGGAUUAUGGUAA